AUGAAUCAAAAUGAUGAUCAAAUAAUUUCACCGAAUACAUUAAUCGAAGGAUUAACUUCAACACGACAAAUAAGUUUAUCAAAUUCUGAUUUAGAUGAUAUUACCGUUGAUGAUGAUGAUGAUAUUGAUGAUGAUUGUCUUGAUUCAAUAGAUGAAGUUCAACAUAUUCUUCAAACAUUUGGUAAACAUGAUUGUUCAAUAUCAUCUAUUGAAUAUUUUGAUUCACGUCGUUAUGAAAUAAUGUAUGAAAUAAUGAAUAUUGAAAAACAAUUUGAUGAAUUAAAAAAUAUUUUAUAUGAAGAAAGUGUUUUAUUAAUUGAUAGAAAAUUACUAUCUAUACAAAAUGAAGAAGCACCUGAAUAUCAAAAUGAAUUAAAAAAACUUUAUGAUGAAAUGAAAAUUGAUUUAGAAAUAGCUAAACAAAGACGACAUAUUGAAUUACAAGCAUUAGAAAAUUCAACGGAAUCUGAAUUAUUAAGUUUAGAACAAACAUUAGAAAAUGAUAAAUUUCUUUUACAUUAUAAUAUACGUGAAGAUAUUGAACAGAAAAUUCAUGAACUUGAAACAUUAAAAAUGAAAACACAAGUAUGUGCAAAUAUUUUACAAGAAAUUUUACCAUCUGAACAACAACAACAACAACAAUUACAAACAAUAUCAACAAAUAAAAAACGUUUUGAUAAUUUAGAAACAAUAAAACAAAAUACAAAAAAACGACGUUUAAAUAGUACAAAGAAAACAAAUGAAAAAGAUAAUUUAGCUAUUUUUUAUCAAUUAUCUGAUAUGAAUAUUAUUGAAGAUUGGGCACUUAUACAAACAUCUUUACAACAAUCAUCAACUAUCUUAUAUGAAAGUGAUUAUAACAAUGAUAGUGAAAAAUCAGAUAACUAUGAUGAUAAUAAUGAUAGUAAUCGUUUAAUUCAUAUGACGAAUAUUGAUUAUUAA